AUGGAAGCUAAGCCGACAACUUCAAGGAUUGGGAAAAAUGAGACCAAUGCCUCAUUGUCUCCUUGGCUAAAGACUGUGUUGAAGAACAAGGACAAGGACAAGGAUCCGAGGGACAAGGAUCCGAGGGCCGUCCGGUGCAGGGGCAGGCCAUGGAUAUGCAACCAGGGGUCUCCGCCAUUCCGCAUGCAGUGCUGCAAGAACCGGUGCGUUGACAUCACAUCGCACGUCAACCACUGUGGGGCGUGCCUCAUCAGGUGCCCUUUCACUUGGCAGUGCUGCUCCGGCCUCUGCAGGAACAUAAACAUCAAUCCGAUUCACUGCGGUCGGUGCUUCAACCGCUGUCCCUUUGGGGUCCCAUGCCUCUUCGGGUUGUGUGGGUAUGCCUGGCCUCUGCUGCCGCGCCGCCCAGACCCUUUCAAACCUAGGCCUCCCAAGCCUUACCCGCCCCACCCCUGGCCUCGCCCGCCAAAGGGCUAUGAGCCGCCUGCGGUCGCUUGA